CACAUGUCUCGGUCCACCCUUCAGACUUCGAGCCUGUUCGGAGUCCGGGGUACGAACCGGGGGCCUCUCACCAUUCUCCGACCGAGCGCUCUUUAUCCGAGGCACCGGUCCCGUUUACGCAAAUGUCCAAGACGGACAAGAAGAAGAGGAUCUCCGAUGCAUUGGAGAUCCUAUGUACUCAAACGGACCGGGACCAUAUCAAUGAGGUCAACCCAAGGAAUGAGUCGAGUGAGCUCUUCCGCUCUUGGAUGGACUUUUCCAUCCGGAUGACCAAGGUAGCCGAAGACCGGCUCGCCCUGGUGCAAGAGGUCUCGGACCUGAAGCAGGCGGCUCGGUCGCACUUUGAUGAAGUGUACCAGGCCAAGGAGGCCAAACGGAUUGCCGAGCUGCGCUUGGAGGAGGCCAACAAAAAGAUCGAGGACGGCGAGGCGACCUGGAACCAAGAGAAGGAGGAUUGGCAGAUCGAAAGGACCAACCUCUCUCUUGCCAAGGAAAACGCCGAGUCCGCCAAAGCUACGGCCGAGACCAAGCAAGCUCAGGCCGAGAAAGAUCUGGAGGAGGUCCGGCUCAAACUUUCAACAACCGAGGCUCAACUGAAGAAGCCCAAGCGGCCGUUUCUCGCUCUCAGGAGGAGUGGUUCCAAGCUUGGCAGAAGUCGGAUGACUGUACCGAUUUCUGUGCCGACGUGGGCCAGUCUUCCCAUAAGAUGGGCGAGGACGAGGCGCUUGGAGCUGGCCGAUGCCGAGGCAGCUGAGAUCAAAGCCGGGAUGCCCGAAGAGCUGAGCUCGGACAGCGACUCUGACUCCGAUGAUGGAGAGGAAGAUGCGGGGAGCACCGAGCCACCUCCACCAGAGCAACCUGCGGCCGAGCAGCCUGCCACUGGUCCUUCUACUUAG